AUGGUGGAGAAGGAAGAAGAUGACUUUGUUGAAGAGCUGGAGGACGACCCAACGUGCCCAUCGGUGUUGUUUACAGCAGCUGAGAAAAUUAAGUGGCAAAGAGAAUGGCGCUCAGCCCUGGUUGUGCGUGGUCUAGGCCGGAGGGUUUUCUAUCAACCGCUCUCGCGCAGACUAAACUUCCUAUGGGCAAGGAGAGGUGAGUUGCAGAUAUCUGACUUAAAGAAUGGUUGUUUUCUAGUGAGGUUUCGACACGGAGAUGAAUACAAUACGACCAUCAAUGGUGGACCGUGGUUGCUGGGGGAUACAUAUCUCACAGUUAUGAGGUGGCACAAGGGAUUCAAUCCAUGGACGACGGAGGUAAAGUCUACCAUGGUAUGGGUUCAGCUGCCAGAUUUGCCUAUUGAAUUUAUUAAUAAAGAAGCAGUGAUGAGGAUCGGAGCAUUGAUGGGAAGGCCGGUUAAGGUGGAUAGAGCAACAGAAGAGGGAGCACGUGGAAAUUUUGCUAGGGUUUGCGUUGAGGUGGACUUGACCAAGCCACUACUACCAAAAUACAAAGUGGAAGGGAUUAAAUACUUAAUCCAAUAUUAA